CCCCUGCCCGCUGUUCUGGGCGGCCCCCUGGCACUGCCCCCCGGGGCCAGGGCCGGGGCUCACGCUGGCUCCGUUCCAGGUGCUGAUGGUGAACAGCCUGACCCAGACCCAGCGGAGCGCGGAGCUGUCAUCUGCCUUGCUCUCCGUCUUCCUGGACCGCGCGGCCGACCUGCCGCUCCGGAAGGGCUCCAAGCCCCCCAGCGCCUACGUCAGCCUUUCCGUCCGGAACGUCUCCUACAAGAGCAAGACCGCCACCUCCACCUCGGAUCCCAUCUGGGACGAAGGCUUCUCCUUCCUCGUCAAGCGCCCCCACGUGGAGUCUUUGGAGCUGCAG